AUGGCAACGAUCAAAGCAGACGCGAGCAAUGUCUUCGAUGAUCGGGGCUAUUCUGGACCGACCGUUCGCGGAGGCGUCAAUCCCGUCACUCUCAUUGAGAAAGCUAUGAGAGAGCGAAUAAUCGAGUCAAUGUACUGGAAAGAACAAUUGUUCGCAGUCAAUGAAGCCAUGAUCUGCGACCGCGCCAUCAACCUCACACACGUAGGCGGAAGCGUAAACAAUCGACCUACGCCCUUCAUAUGCAUUCUACUCAAGCUUCUGAGUCUGGUCCCUUCAGAAGAGAUUAUUCUUGAGAUGCUGAAUUACGAGGAAGACGAAGAACCGGAGAGCGGCGAUGAGAACGACAAUAAUGAUGGAGAACGGAAUGGAAAUACAGAGGAUAGGUACGAGAAAGAGAAAGCUGGGAAGGUGGGCAGUUUCAAGUACUUACGCGCCCUGGCGGCAUUCUACGUCCGACUCACCAUGGAGCCGGUUCAGGUGUACAAGACGUUAGAGCCACUGCUGCUUGAUCGCCGAAAAUUAAAGUAUCGGCGACAGGGCGGUUUCACACUCACGUACCUGGACGAGUUCGUCGACAAUCUGCUCACGCAGCCUCGCAUUUGUGGUACGAGUUUACCGGCCUUACCGCCAAGAAGCGUGCUUGAGGAUCUGGACUUACUGGAUCCACGAGAGAGCCCAUUAGCGGACGAGCAGGAGUCGCAGUCGCAGUCGCAGCUGGAGCCGGGACCGGGACAGCAGGAGUAG